AUGUCCCUCGGGGGGACCACAGGCGACAACACCCGCCUGCUUCGGAAGGCUCCAGAGGAGGAGGAGGAGGAGGAGGAGGAGGAGGAGGAGGAGGAGGAGGAGGAGGAGGAGGAGGAGGAGGAGGAGGAGGAGGCGAUGCAGGCGGAGGGCGUGCGGGAGGUGGCCGUGGCAACUGGCCUGGAGGUGCUGUACCAGGAGACCCCCAACUACCGCGGAGCGGCGGCCGAGGCUGACCGCAUGAUCGAGCCAAGGGAGACGGCUAGGCAUGCCUGGCGAGUGCCAGACCUGGGCUACGGUUUCUUCUUCAGUGUGUACGUACGUGGGUACGUUCGUAUAGAUAUUUGUGUCACGUACGCAUAG